AGUGAAAUAGUCUGUCGCUAUGCAAGCUAUAGUUUAAACCGAGAAUUAGAUCAUGAUGAGGAAUUAGAAUCAAGUGAAUGUAGUACCAUAGAUAAUGAUACAGAUGAGAAAAUUGAAGAAUAUGAUGAUAUACAAAUUCCUGAAGAAUCUGAUAUACAGAUUUCUGAGGAAUCUGAUAUACAGAUUCCUGAGGAAUCUAAUAUACAGAUUCCUGAAGAAAAUCAAGCAGCCGUAAAUGACUUGUAG